UAAACGCAUGCGUGAAUAUAUGCACAUGCACGUGAAUGUGAAUAUGUAUGUAUAUAUAUAUAUGUAUUGUAUAUGAAUCACACGUUAUACACAUACACACAUAUGUUAUUAUUCACUGUUAUUUUUGGAGAUUCAUAUCAUUUGUCAUUUCUGAUCUUUUGAGUGGCUGGUGAGAAUACAUGGUUUGUUUCUAAUUGGAAUUAAAAAUGACCGAGAAGGAAUUAUAUUUAUUUUCUAAUGGAACUAGAGAGUCAGUAAUCAAUAAAAAUUAUACAGCACCAGUAAGGUUAUGGAGAAAAUUACAAAUAAAUGAGUGGAUUUUUAGUUGUUUACUCUUCAUAAUGUCAUUGUCUAUUGUUUUGGGAAAAUUAUAUAUUAAUUACGGGAAUAUUGUCCAGCUACAAAAUAAUUUUAAAUAUAUAAUGUCACCAAUAACUAUGUUUUCAAAUAUCUCCAAUGUAUUUGAUUUAUCAUAUACAUCUGGUGUAUCAGAAUUUAAUGUAAAACAAUUAACCACUGUGAAUGAAAAGUUUGUUAAUACUAGUCAAUACGAUGAUGUUCUGAAUGUGAUGACAUCAGUUGUUAAAACAUAUGGAUGGUUGAUAAGAGCAGCAGUAUGUGGUCUCAUAAUGAUGGGUUUUACUUGGUUUAUAAUUUACAAAGAUAGCAGUAUUCCUGGUAUCAAUCCGCCUUCCCCUUUUAGUCCUUCUAAUCGAAGAUUUCCAAAAACAUCAGGGGUGCAAGUGAAUUAUUUGAUUGGAAUAUUAAAUGGAAUAUUGAUAUUUGUGUACAUGUGUCUCUAAUAACUUAACUCUAAAGUAUGACAAUGUGGUAGUGUGUACACAAUUUACAAACUGUUGUACAACACUCUGCAGUGAUUCUGUUUAUUUGUUAUUUAUGUUAACUAUUCUACUUAUUCUAUACGGCAGUUCACCAGAGU